UCGGGCAGCGUUUCGCUGCUCGGCAGCAUGGAGUUCUCCAGGCUGACGAGGAAACACGGACUUAAGAUCUGUCCGGGUUUCCGCUGCUCCGUAGAGGAGUGUGCGUUAGCGGUGGCGGAGGUUGUCGGGGCCGGCAGCGUGAGAUCUGCGGCCAGGAUGAACGGGGCGGUGGUGAUCUUUGUGGACGAAGUAAAAAAGCUAACGCCGCCAUCACAAGCGGUAUUGUGGUGAAUGAAACGUUCGUACCAGUGCUGCCUCUGGCCUCACCGGCCAGAAGGGUGAUUUUGUCUAACGUCCCCCCGUUCAUCAGAGAUGAAGUGCUGGAGAGAGAACUCUCCAGGCAUGGGAAAAUAGUGUCCCCUAUUAAAAAAGCCCUGUCUGGGUGUAAGUCUCCUUUGCUCCAGCAUGUGGUGUCUCACAGGAGACAGUUAUUCAUGAUCCUGAAUAACAGCAAGGAAGAGUUGAACUUGUCUUGAGAGGGAACAUCAGGGCAGAAGGAAGCUGGAAAAAAGGGAGGAAUAAGUGACAAGGAGCAAAGAGGCAGAGCUGAAAUGAAGAACAGGGAGGAGGAAACAGGUGGAGACAACAGUGGUGAUGGUGAACAGAUGGAGGGAGGAAAUCAAACUGUUAGCUGCAGAGAAAAGGACACAUCAAACUGUCAAAGCAUCAGUGAUGAGGGAAACAAGGCAGGUGAGUCUCAACAGAGCUGUGAGACUGUGGGUGCUGAUAUUGAAAAUAAUGAGGAGGAGGAAAAUGGGGAGGAUGAAGAUGAGGAGGAGGAGGAGGAGGAGGAUGAGACGCAAAAUAGUAAGACAGCUGGGCCAGAGGAGAUUUUGGCAGGAAGUGCAGAUAUAGACAUGGUUGGUGAGGAGAGCAGCCUGACAAUCACUCGGCAGAAAAGAAAAUCUGAAAUCGACAGUAAAGGCUCAAAAGCAAAGAAGGUUACAGUCAGCAAAGACAAACAGAAGCAGAGUGUGAAGGAGUCGAUGGCGGAGUAUGACUCCAGUGUGGAAGGCCGUUUUGAUGCAGACAGUGAGAGUGAUGUCUCACUGAACAAAAUAACACCAGGAGAGCUGAAUGAACAGAUUUAUGGGGUUGAGAAAAUCAAACUGUUUCUACAGAAAACAAAGAACGUAAAAGGGGUAAAAGUUGAAAGUUUCUUUCCAGACAAAGAGGCUUUUCUUAACUCAGUCAAGUCACAGCUGAGGGCCAAAGGAAGAGAGGGUUUAACUGAGCAGGAGGUUUACAGGUUGAGGAAAAUAGUGGUGAAGAUCAGACAUGAACUUAAUGAAGAAGAUGGAGAGGAAUCAAACUAAAGGUUUUCUUUUUCUCAGUCUGUGUGUGCUGUCUGGUUGUUUUUUUAUUUUUUCAAUGAGUGAUUUUAAAGUUGCUCAUUGAAUUUAAAUGGCGCUGCGGACAUCAGGAAAAGGAUGCAGCUAUAUGAGCUGAUGAAGCUGAAAAGUGUUGAUGUGAUGUUUGUCCAGGAAACACACAGCGACAGGUCCAGUGAAACUGACUGGAGAUCAGAAUGGGACGGCGAGGUCGUGUUAAGCUCCUUGACCUCAGUGAGCGGGGGGGUAGCCAUCCUUUUCUCUAAAAAGUUUCUGCCGAUUUCUUAUGAACUUAAAGAAGUGAUAGAAGGAAGGCUGAUGAUGGUCAGAGCCAAGUUUGAGUGUUUCACUCUCACAUUCAUUAAUGUUUAUGCUCCAAAUGUCGGCUCAGACAGAGUCCGUUUUAUUAAUACUCUCAGUGACACUCUGACUAGUUUUGGUUCAGAUGAUUUUUGUUUUUAGGGGGAGAUUUUAAUUGUACUCAGAAUGAUUCUUUGGACAGGAAUCAUGUUGAACCUCAUGCUGCUUCGAAAAAGGCAAUUAAUGAAGUAAUAAAAACACAUGAUUUGGUGGACGUUUGGAGGAGGUUGCACACUGAAGACCGACAGUACACCUGGGUGCAUACAAGAGAAAAUUUUAUUUCUUUGGCUCGACUGGACAGGUUUUAUUGUUUUAAACAUCAUUUUAGUGUUUUUAAGGCAUGUAGCAUUUUACCUGUACAUUUUAGUGAUCAUUUUUUAGUGGUCUGCAGUGCUUUUAUUGCAAAAACUGAAAAACGGAGUGCAUACUGGCAUUUUAACACCAAUUUACUCAGUGAUGCUAAUUUCAAAGAUGUUGUGGUUUAUUUCUGGAAGGUGCAUAGGGCUGAAAGGAACAGUUUUGUUUCUUUAAGACAAUGGUGGGACUGUGGGAAGGUUAAAAUCAAACAGCUCUGUCUACAGUACACUCUGAAUGUCAUGAGGGACAUUACUAGAUCAAUGACGACUCUAGAGACUGAGAUAGUGGAACUUUUAGGCUUGAUUGAGUCCACAGGAAAUCGAGAGCAUUUUG